AUGGUGAUAAAGUACCAAGUCUCGUGUUUCCAUGUCCUUGAACGUGUCCCGGUCACUCACACGGUUGUUCUGCUGUUGCCUUCAGGUGCCACCCCUCAGCGUCGGGAGUUUGUGUAUCCCCGGCGGCUGGAGCGGUCGAAGAGCCGCGUGGCGCUGCUGGAGAGCCUGAGGCGGCAGCAGGAGGAGCUGCAGGCCGCCAUCAAGGAGGAGGAGGAGGAGGAGGAGGAGGAGGAAGAGGAGAAACAACACAGCCUGGUUGAUCGCGGCUCUCUGGAGGAUCUGAGCACGUUCAACGAGAGUCUGGCCACGGAGCCGUCCUUCAUCGACGAGAACCUCGUCUUCAACGAGAGCAAACGCGUUCCCUUCUUCAAGCACAAGAAAGGCGCUAAGAAGGAAAUGAAGGUCCCCCCGAAGCAAAGAGUGCCAGAAAACGAAUCAACGCCGCAGAAAUCCAGACUGCCCCUCCGCUCUCAGAACUAAAACAUUUAAAAUAUAUUCUUCUUCAUCCAUAUUAUCAUCGGCUUUCCUAUGUUGGUUUUGUGUUUGUGUUUGUGUCUUCUAAAUAUGAAUUUGCUGUUUUGUUGUUUUAGUAGCUUAGUUGUCGACAUUUCAAAGUAUCUUAUAGAAUUAAAGAGAUUUUAUACUUGUUUUUAUACUUUUGUGAUUUAUUAAAGGUGGGGUAGGUAAUUCACUUCAGAAACAUUAUAUUCCAUGGA